AAAUGAAGUCAACCGCCCUGCGCUCAACAAAUUCUCCACCUGUAUCUGUAAAGCCGGGUGGGCGUGGCUAGUUUCCAUGGUGACGCCGGGCGCUGGGAGAUGGCGUGUGGGGUGCGUGAAGCUGUAGCAAGAUGGCGGCGCUGGAGGUGGCGGAGAGGCUUCAUUUACCUCAAAUGGACUGCUAUGUAAUUCACGAGGUAUACGAUGGUGACUUCUCCCAAGAGCAAUUUGAAGCAGAGCUGGAUGCUGCCCUAGAGCACCAAUACCGCCAUAUUGUGAUUGAGCCUGCAAGGCUGGGAGACGAGACUGCCCGGUGGAUUUCAGUGGGUAAUUGCCUGCACAGAACAACCAUUGUAACAGGAGCUGUCUGUCUACUGUCACCUCUUGGUCUACCUCCUAAUUGUGCUUACUACGUGGGGCUACCAGCUGGAGCAGUAAGUGUAGCAUGUGCUGCUCUUUAUGGUGUCUCUUGGCAAUCUGACCCAUGCUGCCAUUAUCAAGUAGAUUACAGUGGACGUGAGCUUGCACUUUUGCCACCUGGAACAUUGAGGACUUCAUCUCCAGUUGUCCUGGUUCGGAGGGAGAAUACACAGCGAAAGCGACUGCACAAUGUUAUUGCACUGACUGCCCUUGCGUAUUGUGUCCAGAAGCUUUUUGAGUUGUGCACAGACUGAAACUUCUAAAAGUCCUUACAAAUAGCUUAUUUGCCAAAAAAAAAAUCACAUAUAAUUCUGCUCCAAGUAUAAAGCAUUGUUGCAUUUGUAACAUUUGUAAUUCCCUGCUGCAUUGGGAGAAAAAUAAGGUCAGGAAAAACAUCUCUGCAGGAAACAAAUCACAAUGCAUGAUGCUUGUGGGAAGAAGUAAGGAUCGGGGUUACUGUAAUGAAUUUUACUUGUGUAUAUGAUAACCUCAGGGAUUAUUUUAGUAAUACGUCAUUCUGUCAUGUUACACUUUAUGUCCUUGAUCUUCCACCUGCUUGAGGAUUGUGGGAGUUGUAGUUUAGCAACUGCGGGUGAGUGUAGGAGUUAACAAUCCAUGGUUUAGAUCUGCAAGAAAAUGCGAUUUCAGAAGUGUAACCAUUGGCAACUGAAGUACAAGAGUGUUGCUGGCAGAUAGCAGUUAGUGUCCAUAUAAAACUGACAUUAGAAGGGGGUAAAUAUAUGUUUGCUCAAAUGACAUAGGGCUACAGUGCUGCUUUCCAUAUCUGGUAGCCCCGUGCCUCCCAUUUGGUUUUCAAUGACAUGAUUUUCCUUCUGUGGCUUUUGUGCACCAAUACCCUGUACUUCAGGGUAGUCUCCCUGUGUAUCUGGUUUGCACCUGGAGUUUGGGUUGGGCAGGGACUAUAUAGUAACGCAUAUGGUUGCUAACCAUUGCAAGGGAGGCACUGUAGCCAGGCUAUAUUUACUAAUAGAUUUACUUGUCCAGUAAAGCACAUGUCAGAAACGCUGUUAUAGUGCUGGCAAACAGCAACUACUGCUUGUGCAUCAUUGUCCCUGUGCACAUAGGGGUGGAUUUUGGCUUAAAAACACUUGCGUGCUUCUAAGGUCUACAUCUGCCCUGUGUGCAACAGAGCAAAAAUGUCUGACCAACCCCAAAAGUCAAACAAUAGAUUAUUAUUUCUAUUAUUAUUAUUAUUUUUAUUAUUAUUAUUAUUAUUAUUUCUAGCCUUUUAUUUGCCUUUUCUUCUGUGACUCAGUAUUAGGUUGGGGUGAACAGUUUGAAAGUAUUUAAUGAAAUUGUCAGGUGUAUAUAAGCUUCCUUUUUAAUUCUGCUACAGAACAAGAGACAAUUAAAGGGGUAUAUUUAUCAUUCUGUGUAAAAAGUGGAGUAAAACAUUACCGGUGAUGUUGCUUAUAGCAGCCAUGCUUCACUACACUUUUUAUACAGCAUGAUAAAUAUACCCCUUAGGGCCAUAUGUAUUAUAGUGUGUAAGCCAACAUCACUAGUGAUGAUGGCUUACAAACUAUAAUAAAUAUGCCCCUAAGAACACACCCCUUAAUGUCCAUUUCUUAAGCACUUGUGCCCCCUCCUGAACACUGCUCUCUGUCUGCUGUAAAGACCGCAGUGUCAGGAUGCUCAGCUCAAUCCUGUCCUUAGGCAGGUGGUAAGGACAAGCCACCAAUGUGGGCCGCUCCUACUUUACGAUCAGAAUGACAUGCAAUGUAGUGGACGGGAGGACACUUAUGUGCCUUCCCACCUCCACCUUUAUUAAAUGGAGCACUGCCUAAUACAGGCAGCAUUCAAUUGAAAGCAUACUCUUAAACAAAGUUCUUGCACACUGUGCCUGGGUUCCCAAAGAACCCUUGUCUAUUACACACGGUGCUCCUCCGUAUCUAGGGCAAUUAAAUAUAUGGUGUGGGACAACUGGAUAACAGCAUGAUCAUUUGAAUAAGGUGCUUUCUUGUAUGCAGUGAGCUAGAAUUCUACAUAUAUAUAUAUAUAUAUAUAUAUAUAUAUAUAUAUAUAUUUAUAUGCCAUAUGUGGUAACUAUACAAAAACAUUAAUACCCACUUAUAGGAACACUACAAUUCUUUCCUACAAUGCUGCAUUUCUUUCUGGGGCAGGCUUUAGUUCCAUAUUUGCUGUAUUAGAGCAAAACAUACUGUGAAAAUAACUGCCUCUCAUCUCCACCUCAAGGUAUUGCAAUAAGCAAUCCUAGAUAGAAAGCCCAUUUCUCUGAAUCUUACAGGACAAAAACGCUGCCAUAUUCAGGAUGCUCAGUUGUAUUUAGUGUCCAGAACUAAGCUUUAAAUGGUAUUUAUUCUAACUUGUGAUUUUAUUUUAUUUUUUUCCCUCUUCUCUUUGAAGGGAAAGUUCACCUUGCUAUUCCAAGACAAUAUGGAUUUGGGUUUAUUUUAUUCUUUAUUGAAUUACUUAAUUUUGUUUGACUCAUCUCUUCAGUGUGGUAUUUAAGGGUAAUUGGUAUAAUCAUGCAUUGUUAUAACAUGAACCCAAUCACUAAAGGACUUUAAACAAUU